CAAAAUUGUUUCCAUCUCAAAAGUUUUAUUCUACAAUCGGCGCCUUAAAAAAUUUAUUUUUUAAUACUCGACAUUGUUUAUAAAUUACGUAACGUUAUGCCAAAGGUUCCUUGUAGUUGAUCGUUUCUCGUUAGUUUGAAGUCAUGUCUAGAGCAACGUUUAUGAAUUUAAGGCGAUUAACUAAUACUAACGCUAGUUCAAAAAACAGCGAAUGGAAGUUCAUCAGUUUAAUGAAUGGCAAAGAUAUUUUCUAUUCAACUAGUUGUCUUACAAAAAUAGCAAUAACACCCAAAUAUUUGUAUUCCAUACAAAUACGAUCCUUUAUAAAUGUGUUUAAUACUGGAGUAAAUAACGGAAAAAAGUAUAAAGAAAAACAGUUAAUUGGAUAUUCUCCUGAGCAAAUGUUUGAUGUUAUUCAAGACACAGAAAAUUAUAAACAUUUUUUACCAUUUUGUCGACAGUCUACAGUCAAAGUUAAAGGAAAGGAUCAUGCUAAAACUUAUUUAGAAAUUGGUUUUCCUCCUAUAAUAGAAAGUUAUGUAUCACAUAUUACAUUUCAACGCCCUCAUAUGAUUAAAGCAGAAUGUCGUGAUGGAAAACUGUUUAAAUAUUUAUUAACUCAAUGGAAUUGUGAUCCCGGAUUAAAAGAUAAUCUAAAUACUUGUGUAAUUACUUUUUUUGUGUCUUAUGAAUUUAAAUCACAAUUACAUUCAGCAUUAGCCAAUAUGUUUUUCAAUGAAUUAGUUAAACAAAUGGAACAUGCUUUCUUUGUUGAAGCUGGUCGACGAUAUGGCAAACCUUGUAUAAAAGCCCAAAAACUUUAAUAAUUAACGGGAAAAUUAAAUUUGUGGUUUAAGAGGACGUUAUACCCGCAUGUGUUCUGUUAAACGCAAAUUUGCGGGUAUAACGUCCUCUUAACGAUUCCAAAAGAAGUUACUAAUAAAAGUACUUCCAAGUGAAUAAUUUUGUUAAAAUUUUAGUGUUGACUAUUGUUUAUGUUUAUUUUCGAAGAAAAUAUCUAGAAUAAAUUAUCUUUACAUAGGUACUUAUUAUUGUUUAUUAAUUAGUGAAGAAAAAUUAAAUAAUAUUAAUAAUAAGAGUGGAAAUCAGUUGUGAUAACGUUGAUGAAAACAUUAGGAAUAAUAAUGAAAAUAAAUAUUAAAAUUUAUUAAUGUAUAUAUUUUUUUAAAUGUGUUUACUUUUACCAUAAUAUAGGCAGCAGUAAUACAUGUGUUAUAAUUCUGUUAUGUUUUAACUUUUAACCAGUGUUAUUAUUCCCGAUUUCUACUUGAUGUUAAAUGUUAUUAAAUAUUUUGCUCUUUUCUAUAAUCCUUAUAAUAAAUAUAAUAUAUUUUGAAUUGUUAUAUUUUAAUGUGAAAAGUAAUGAACAAAAUUAUUAAAAUAUAUUAAAACCAUUGAUCUGUAACAAUUGCUUUUUAAUAAAUUAUACUUAUUAUAUGUUAUUUAUUCAUACAUCAGUUAAUGCACCAAAUUUAAUCCAAACACUCUACGUGCCAUAAAUAAGUUUCAGUGUCAUUUGGGACAGUUGAAUUAUGUGUGAUAAUUGUCUUACCAAUUUAUUGUUACUAAUAGGUACUGCCUUUCUUAUUUUAUUAUUAUAUUUUGUAUUUUGGAUAUUGUAUAUAUGUAUAGUAUAAUGUAAAUUAGAUUAUUAUCUCUACUUUGGUUGUUAUUUAAUUUUCGUAUAUGUAUAUAAUUUAUUAAGUGUAUUUAAUAAAUUAACAUCAUUGUAUUGGAAACUUAUGGACUAAUAAAUUAGGGUUGCAUACACGCA